AAUUGAAGAAGACGGAAAGGGUUUAGUUUUGUUUGAAGAAGACGGCAGUAGGGAACUAUAAAGAUGGAAUACUAUUGACGAUAACCAGUAGUAUCAUCAAUCUCUCUCUUUCUCUCAUUUCCCGCGUUGAAGAUGGGUGAUUCUAGCAAUGGAGAUUCUUUUACAGUAGACAAAUCCGCGAAGAUCUUCGUCGCUGGCCACCGCGGUCUGGUAGGAUCCGCAAUUGUGAGUAAACUCCGUGAAAUCGGCUUCACAAAUCUCAUCCUCCGUUCUCAUUCCGAUCUCGAUCUCACUCGUCAAUCUGACGUCGAAUCCUUUUUCGCCACCGAAAAGCCUAAUUUCGUCAUCCUCGCCGCCGCAAAAGUCGGUGGUAUCCACGCCAACAACACCUAUCCAGCUGAAUUCAUUGCAAUUAAUCUCCAGAUUCAAACAAAUGUAAUCGAUUCAUCUUAUCGUCACGGCGUGAAGAAACUCCUAUUCCUCGGAUCUUCCUGCAUUUACCCUAAAUUCGCCCCUCAACCAAUCCCCGAAGACGCUCUCCUCACCGGUCCUCUUGAACCUACGAAUGAAUGGUACGCAGUCGCUAAGAUCGCCGGAAUCAAGAUGUGCCAAGGCUAUCGUAUUCAAUACAAAUGGGACGCAAUUUCCGCAAUGCCGACAAAUCUGUACGGUCCAAACGAUAACUUUCAUCCUGAAAACUCACACGUUCUCCCCGCACUGAUGCGUCGUUUUCACCAGGCGAAAGUGACCAAUGCGAAGGAAGUUGUUGUUUGGGGGUCAGGUUCACCAUUGAGAGAGUUCCUUCAUGUUGACGAUCUGGCUGAUGCGGUGGUGUUCUUGAUGAAGAAUUACAGUGGAGUAAGCCAUGUGAAUGUUGGGAGUGGUAGUGAGGUAACCAUUAAGGAAUUGGCUGAGCUGGUGAAGGAGGUGGUUGGAUUUGAAGGAGAACUGGUUUGGGAUUCUUCGAAACCUGAUGGAACACCAAGGAAGCUUAUGGAUAACUCCAUGAUUGCUGGUUUGGGAUGGAAGCCAAAAGUUUCUCUUAGAGAUGGGCUGGUUGAUACCUAUAAUUGGUAUUUGGAGAACUUGAAGCAGUGAAAAUUGCAGGUGCAAGAUCAAUACUUUAUAUAUUGCUGCUUUCUUCUUCAAUGAUUACUGUCUUCUUGUUGUAUCAUCUGAUAUUUAUAUAUUUUAAUACUACUAUGAAACUCUUUCUUAAUUAAAUCGAAUAAUAUUUGAUGUUUUGGAACAA